CCCGCGCGCAGCUGAAUGGGCUUCCGGGCCGCCUCCCGCCGUGAGGAGUUGGCGGUUCCUCCGCGCCGCUCGCCCCGGCCUCGCCCGCCCUCGGCCAGAAGCGCUCGGUCUGGGCCCGCGCGGGAGGAGCGGGGGCUCUGAGGGGAGCGGCGACCCCGCCGGCCCCGGUGUGUUUCCCUGGCGGCGGCGGCUUCUUCCGUGGGACAAUAUGUUCAAGAGAAUGGCCGAAUUUGGGCCUGACUCCGGCGGGAGAGUGAAGGGGGUUACUAUUGUUAAACCAAUAGUUUAUGGUAAUGUUGCUCGGUAUUUUGGAAAGAAAAGAGAAGAGGAUGGCCACACCCAUCAGUGGACAGUCUAUGUAAAGCCAUACAGAAAUGAGGAUAUGUCGGCAUAUGUGAAGAAAAUCCAAUUUAAAUUACAUGAAAGCUAUGGCAAUCCUUUAAGAGUUGUUACUAAGCCCCCAUAUGAAAUUACUGAAACAGGAUGGGGUGAAUUUGAAAUAAUCAUCAAAAUAUUUUUCAUUGAUCCUAAUGAAAGACCUGUAACCCUAUAUCAUUUACUAAAGCUGUUUCAAUCAGACACCAAUGCAAUGCUGGGAAAAAAGACAGUGGUUUCAGAAUUCUAUGAUGAAAUGAUUUUUCAAGACCCAACAGCAAUGAUGCAGCAAUUAUUAACAACAUCUCGUCAGCUCACAUUAGGAGCCUAUAAGCAUGAAACAGAAUUUGCAGAACUUGAAGUGAAAACCAGAGAAAAAUUAGAAGCUGCAAAAAAGAAAACAAGCUUUGAAAUUGCAGAACUUAAGGAGAGAUUAAAAGCAAGUCGUGAAACUAUAAAUUGUUUAAAAAAUGAAAUUAGAAAACUUGAAGAAGAUGAUCAGACAAAAGAGAUUUAAACAAUUCUGAAGCGAUCUUGACAGUCAGCUAAACUGAAAUCAAGGUGAAUUUUAAAGGCAAAAUGGACUGCAAAUGCUGUGUUUCUUAGAGGAACUGUAUCUGUAGUUGUUGACCAUAAAUUUCUGGCAAUGGGGUCAAAGUAUUUAUACUUUUCAGGCAGUCUUUAAUAUGAGAUGUAUGUAUAAUGAAUGAAUGCAAUAUAGGCAUUUUAUCAACCCAUUUUAGGGUAAUUCUAUGAUGUUAAGCACAAUUAAAUUUUUUUUAUUCCAUUGCAUAUGUAGCUUGUGCUUUUGACAGACAUUGGAAGUACUCGUAUAACUUGGACAAAUUUUGUACUUACCAAGUAUUUAGAAUUAGUUGUAAAAUUAAUGUGUAUAUUUAAUUUUUUAAGUUCUUACCUGACCCUAUCCUUUUUUGUAUAUGAUAUGCUCAGUAAGUACUCAAUAAAUGUAACUUACAGAU